AUGGCGCUUGGUUUUAAGUAUCAAAUAAGCGUUGUUUGUGUUAUACUGUUGUUUCCAGUACUAUGUAACUGCAACAAAGAAUAUUAUGCCAAAUCAAGAGCAUCCUAUUAUGGCACCUCUGACGGCUAUGGAAAUCCAAGGGGAGCUUGUGGUUUCGGAGACUAUGGAAAGAUAGUGAAUGAUGGCAGUGUCGCAGCAGUUUCUGCCAAGUUGUGGAAAAAUGGAGGAGGAUGUGGUGCAUGUUAUCAAGUGAGGUGCAAAAUAGCACAAUAUUGUGAUGAUAAUGGAGCAUAUGUGGUGGUGACAGACUAUGGUGAGGGAGAUAGGACUGAUUUCAUAUUGAGUUCACGUGCCUUUUCAAGAUUGGGGCGCAAUGCAGUUACGUCCCAAAAAUUAAAGAAAUAUGGAGUAUUGGAUGUUGAAUACAAAAGGGUUCCUUGUACAUUUAAAGGCAACAAUAUCGUAUACCAAAUCAAUGAAAAUAGUAGAAACCCAGGCUAUUUCGCUAUCAAUAUUCUUUAUGUUGGAGGAACAUACGAUGUCAACGCUGUUGAGAUCUGGCAGAAACAACAGCACCAAUGGGAGGCCAUGCGUAGAUCUUAUGGCGCUGUAUUUGACUUUGCUAACCCGCCUGAAGGUGAAAUCGGAUUGAGGUUUCAAGUGAGUAGCAAUGCUGGGUCCAGUUGGGUGCGCUUCACAAUACCUGCCAGUUGGAAGGCUGGUGCUACUUAUUCCACCAAGAUUCAGCCUUAA